AUGGCACGAUCAUCUGUAAAUUCUACUGUAUUGUUAUUUGAUAAAAUAACACAGAAUAUAUAUCGAUAUGGUAUUCCUCCAAUAUGUAUUCUUGGUGUGGUAGGUCAUAUACUUAAUGUUUUUCUUUUUACUCGUCGAACAUUAAUUGAAAGUUCGUGUUGUAAUUAUUUUCUUGCAUCAUCAUGUAUUGCUUUAUUUCAAAUAUUAUUCAGUCAACCAUUUCAAUUUAUUCAACAUGGUAUUAAUAUUCAUUUAACGAAUAUUUGGUGGUGUCGUAUACGAUUUUAUGUAGCUCAUUCUGCUUAUGUAGCUUCAACUUUGCUAAUAACUCUUGCAUCAGCUGAUCGUUUUGCAAGUUCAUGUCAUCAAGUAAAACAUCGUCGAUGGGCUGAUUUGCGUGUCGCUCAAAAAUUAGUGCCACUUGUUAUUAUUAUUGCUUGUGCAGUUAAUUCACAUAUAUUAUAUAUGUUUACUAUCAAUUAUGACCAUCGAAAUGAAUGUUGGGCUGCACAUGGUAAUAUAUAUCGUUUUAUUUUCGAUAUAACUUUACUUUCAUAUGUUAUUCUAUAUCCACUUUUGAUUGGAACAUUCGGUUUGCUUACUAUUUACAAUAUUCGUCGAUGCCAUGUUCGACAACGACAAUCAUCAUCAUCUCUAGACUAUCGAGUACGUGAUUUACAGAAGAUGACACUCGUUCAAACAGCAUGUGUUAUUACUUUCACUUUACCUUACGCCAUAUUAAAACUUCAUCGAACAAUAAAAACACCUAGGUAUGAUGACAUGUCUGAUGUCUAUUGGGCUGUAGAACGACUUAUAACAUGUUUCGUUGAUUUUGGUUGUUACAUAAAUGAUGGUGCUGGAUUCUAUAUCUAUUCACUUUCAUCAAUUACAUUUCGACGAACAUUGAUGCAAUUCAUUUAUCAACAUCAAUCAAGAUUAUUUCAUUGUUAUCAACCUCCAAAAGCAAUCAUCUACAAUGUGUCUUAA